AUGAGUGUAUUAUUUCAUACAGAAAGUAAUAGAAAUAGUUUAUUUGUUUUCGUUUGUUUUAUAAAUAUAGUUAUAUUAGGAAGUAUACUUACCUCUGUAUCAACACCAUGGUUUUGGAUUAAAACCGAUAUUUUAAAUGAUAGUGGUCUCAUCAAUUUAGAAAUUGAGAACUUUUAUGAUGUAUAUAAAGUAUAUAACAAAUAUGAUACGGUGAAUGAUGAAAAACAUAUUACAUCACCGGGUAAUAUCAACUCGGUAUUCAUAGCGAUAGGUGUAUUUCAAUAUGCAGGUUUGAUAUCGUUCUUGGUGUCUGUGCAAUACCGACAACAAAGACAACAACAAGAUCAUCAACUUCUCGAAAAACUUUUACCAUCCGAAUCAACAACAACAACAUCAACAACUAUCCAAUCAUAA